AAGCAAUGUUUCAAUUCAAAAGAAAAACAUUUCUUUGGCAUUUGAAGGAAUCAUGUAAAUGUCCCUGUCUGAAAAGUGCUUAAAAGGGACUUCCUGGUGGGUGGGAGUAACGGGGUGUGUGUUGCAAAAAGGGGGUGUGUGCCUUUAAAGCCUCGUGCACCACAUUCCUGCCCUCACAUAGUCAGCGGAGUCCAGUCAAGAAGUUUCCAAAAAAGUUAUUUCCCAAGACCGGCCGGGAUAAAAAAAAGGACUCCCAAGACCCCGAGGCGGACAAAGAUGCCGGGUGAGAGGAUGACGGUCCGGGGCACGGCAGACGUGGGCCGGUUCCCCGGGGCCGCCCCGCCCACCAGGGUGGAGCUGUCCAUUCAGAAGGUGGGGGAAAAGAAACCGGAGGAGAGCGCUUGCUGCCGCUGGUGGAGGAAAAUGUGCCCGUGCUGUUGCUGCAAGAGGAACACCACCUCCUAUGACGUCACGCACACCGUGGAACUGAUCAAACCCCCGGCCCUCACCCCGGAGCCCGACGGGCCCAAGCCGAUGAACGGGGAAUCGAAAGAAACGGAAGUCAUGAAGUUGGGUGUGCGCUCGGUGAAUUUGCUGAGCUCAAAAACGGGUGGGAACAGACUGGAGCACCACACCGACCUCUACCACGGGGACCAGCUGAUCGUCCGCAGGGGACAAACCUUCCGCUUGGAGCUGGAGCUCAACCGGCCGUUCAGUCCGGACACCGACAAGCUGCACCUGGACCUAAGAACAGGUCCACUGCCCAUGGUCUCCAAAGGCACCCACGUCAUCGUCCCCCUGGUGGACUACCUGGAAGAUAAACGCUGGGGUGCCCGGAUCGCAGAGCAAGACGGCAACAAGGUCAAGUUGUCCGUCCACUCUCCGGCCGACGCUGUGAUUGGUCUUCACGGGCUGACGGUCACCACCGGCUCCCUGAAGGAGGAAACCCCCAAUACUUACACCUCCAGCGAGAACAUCAUCAUGCUCUUCAACCCCUGGUGCACAGACGACGCUGUGUUCCUGGACGAGGAGGAGGAGAGGAAGGAGUACGUGUUGAACGACAUCGGGCAAAUUUAUUACGGAACUGAGAAGCAAAUCGGUUCUCGCACGUGGAACUUUGGCCAGUUUCAAGAAGGGAUUCUGGAAGCAUGUCUGUUCAUUCUGGAGAAAAGUGACAUCCCUCCAUCUGGCCGGGGGGAUCCCAUCAACGUGGUCAGGGUCCUAUCGGCCAUGAUAAACGCCCAGGACGACUUCGGGGUCCUGAUCGGAAACUGGUCUGGGAACUACUCCCUCGGAGUGUCCCCAGCUGCCUGGAGCAGUAGUGUGGAGAUCCUGAGGAAAUACCACUCCUCCCACGGAACGCCCGUGCCGUACGGCCAGUGCUGGGUCUUCUCGGGGGUCACUACAUCAGUGCUCCGCUGUCUUGGCAUACCGACUCGCAGCGUGACCAACUUCCAGUCCGCCCACGACACUGACGUGUCCCUCACAAACGACGUGUAUUUCGAUGAGGACUUGGAGCCAAUCGACUACCUCAACAGCGAUUCUAUCUGGAAUUUCCAUGUCUGGAAUGACUGCUGGAUGGCCAGGCCCGACUUGCCCGACGGUCACGGGGGUUGGCAAGCUAUUGACUCCACUCCCCAGGAGACGAGCCAGGGUACCUUUCGCUGCGGCCCCGCCUCCAUCACGGCCAUUCGCUCUGGCCAGGUCUACCUCAAACACGACACGCCCUUCGUCUUUGCAGAGGUCAACAGUGAUAAGAUCUUCUGGCAAAGGAAUUCCGAUGGUACGUUCACGCAGUUCCGCAGUGAAAAGAAGGCUGUGGGUCACUGCAUCAGCACUAAAGCAGUCGGUUCCGAUGAACGGGCGGACAUCACUCAUCUGUACAAGCAUCAGGAAGGUUCUGAGGAGGAGCGCAUUGCCGUAGAGACUGCCAGUCGUUACGGCAGUAAGCCAGACGUCUACACUCCUGCUACGGCCGAGGAUGUCAGUCUGGAGGUGAGGAUGGAAGGCGAGGGGCCGAGGAUGGGGGCCGAUGCCCACCUGAGCCUCCUGGUGAAGAACCUGAGCUCAGAGCCCCGUCGGACCACACUGCACAGCCAGGUGGCCGUCAUGUACUACACGGGUGUUGUGAAGGGCACCAUCAAGAAGGAGCAGCUGCCCGUGGAGCUUCUGCCAAAUGAAGAGAAGACCAUUGAGUGGGUUCUGCCUUACCAACAAUACCAGAACCAGCUGGUGGACCAGGCGGCGCUGAUGCUGACUUUGUCAGGGAGAGUCAAUGAGACCAAACAGGUUUUGGCCAACCAAACCACCUUCAGGCUCCGCACACCCGACCUCAACAUCACGCCAUUGGGAAAAGCUGUAGUGGGCCAGGAAAUGGGGGCCAAGAUCACGUUUACCAACCCUCUGCCGGGGCCGCUGAAGGACGUGGUCUUCAGGGUGGAAGGUCUGGGUCUGCAGAAGGGCCAUGAAGUGGUCGUGGGGGACGUGGGUGGUCUCUCCACCGUGACUCUGACCGAACACUUCAUCCCCACCCAGCCCGGGGCCAGGAAGCUGGUGGCCUCUCUGGACUGCAAACAGCUGACACAGGUGCACGGAGUGGUGGACAUCAUCGUUCUGGAAGAGUGACCUGGCACUAACUGUUAUUUACUCCUCAUAAACACUAUAUAGUCACGAUCAAAAGUGUACGUACACUUGUAAAGAACAUCCUGUCAUGGCUGUCUUGACUUUCCAAUCAUUUCUACAACUCUUUGCUUACAUGUCCCUUGGCAAGUUUCACUGCAACAAGCUUCUGCUUGAAUUUUUGACCACUCCUCUUGACAAAAUUGGUGCAGUUCAGCUAAAUGUGUUGGUUUUCCUGACAGGGACUUGUUUCUUCAGCAUUGUCCACACGUUUAAGUCGGGACUUUGGGAAGGCCAUUCUAAAACCUUCAUUCUAGCCUGAUUUAGCCAUUCAUUUACCACUUUUGACACGUGUUUGAGGUCAUUGGGCCCCAUUCAGCAAUAAGUUCCUAACAUUUCCUCUUCUUACCAAGUGAUUUCCUCAUGGAAUUGAAAUUAAUGACCUAUUCUUAAACGGCCAAUUUUUUCCCACCUGCUGUUCUUAAGUUGCUGAAUGCCGAAUGGUUAGCGCGUGCGUGUCUCUCAUAAUUUGCAUAUAAACACGCCCUUAUAUCCCCAAUAUGCGUAGGUAAACACCCUUAAUUCCGUAAUUUGCACACGUUUAAGUCAGGACUUUGGGAAGGCCAUUCUAAAACCCUCAUUCUAGCCUGAUUCAGCCAUUCCUUUACCACUUUUGACGUGUGUUUGGGGGUCAUUGUCCUGUUGGAACACCCAACUGUGCCCCAGACCC